AUGGCUCGCCCCAAAAGAGUCCUCUCGUUCAUGUCACAAUGGGGUGGCUCCGCACAUCAGUCCAAGUCGGCCACGACCUCGCCCGGCCCAGCGUCGCCCACCACCCAUUCGCCCUCGAAGCUGCCCUCGUCCGCAAACCCGCACGCAGAGUCGCCCGCACUGCAUGACCUCGAUAGCGGCCGCGCCUCGCCCAGCCCGGCCCUGCAGCAGCGCCAGCGCACCGACACGGGCCGCUCUUCACGCCCUAUGUCCAUGAUACAGACGUACCAGCCGCCCGUCAUGGAGGUCAGCCACGAUACGCUGCCCGAGCUGCAGCGCAUCUUUACGUUCCUGAACAGCCACUCGAACAAGCUGUACCAGGAGGGCUAUUUCCUCAAGUUCCACGACACAGACACCCGCGGCCGCCCGGCCCCGGACAGAAAAUGGCAGGAGUACUUUGUCCAGCUCGUGGGCACCAUCAUGUCCCUGUGGGAUGCGAGCGAGCUGGAUCUGGUUGGCGGCGAUCGCGAAGUGAUUCCCACUUUCAUCAAUCUCACUGAUGCCGCAAUCCACAUGAUUCCCGCCAUGACCCUGAAGGACGGCAAGAAGCUCGACCACAUCCUCAGCGUAUCAACAGCCGCAAAAAACAAAUAUCUUCUCCACUUCGACUCGUACCACGCCCUGACGCAAUGGACUGCUGCCAUUCGACUCGCCAUGUACGAGCACGCGACGCUGCAGGAGGCAUACACGGGCUCUUUGAUUGCUGGCAAAGGCAAGUCACUGAACAACAUUCGCAUGAUUUUAUCCCGAGAAAACGCCCGUUAUGAGGACUGGGUUCGCGUGCGCUUCGGUGCCGGUACUCCUUGGCGCCGCUGCUGGUGCGUCGUCAAUCCGCCAGACCAGAAAGAGUACGCCAAAUUGCAGAAGGACCAGAAGAGCAAGAAGAAUCCGUAUGAGAAGCAAACCGUGCUGAAGGGCGACAUCAAGUUUUACGAGACGAAAAAGAUAACCAAAAAGACCAAGCCAAUCGCCACAGUCAAGGAUGCGUUUGCAUGCUACGCCAUCUACCCCCAGUCCAAACCUCUCAUCGAUUCAUCGACCUUGGUCAAGAUUGAGGCAAAGAUCACUGUGCACUCUCAGCCAGAGAGUACUACGGAAGGCUUUGUUUUCGUCAUGCCCGAGUCGCGACCCGCCAUCACAGGCUUUGAGAUCAUGCUGCAAUUCCUCUUCCCAAUAUUCGAUACCUUCCAUCUUUAUGGACGACCGAAAAAGCUUGUUGCAGAUGUCUUGGAUAGCCGAGGUCUUAUGUUCGCAAUGCCUAAUGAUAGGCGAUAUGGGUAUCUCGAACUUUGGGACGUUACUGGCUUAAUCAAUAGAGAUGGUAGCCAGACCUGGUCUGAGAGGCAGUGGAGGAAGCAGCUGAAAGAUUUAACGUCUACACGUAUGAGCGCAGUGUCAGACUCUGACAGUGGUCCAGUGCCUGGAGGCCGCAGGAAUACGGUAAGUCGAGCUGGGUUCACCCCCUCGACACGGAACCUUAGAUUCCAGGACGGAGGCUCGAUUCGUUCACAGCCCUCUACUCGGCAACCUUCGCCCACGAGGGAAACCAACUUUGAACAACAAGGACCCCGUCGCGUGGAUUCGGCACCACCAAGUGCUCUCUUUGCGUCUCCACGUCAUCAGCGAUCGGUAUCCGAGAAUGUGCACAACCUACAGAAGAUUCGCUCAGGCCAGGCGCAGCAGCACAGCAUGGAUGACAACGAUAGACCACCCACUCCCCCACAACAUGGAGGUGUAUACAACGGGACUCCCCAGAACGGGUCGGCUCAACAGUUGGAGGGUUCCGACACCGAUGAAUCUCCUGGCCACGAGCCUGUGAAUUUGCCUGAACUUCCAGUCGCUGCUUCUGCGCCUCCGGUUGGCCCUGUAGACCACCCACCUUCAUUUGCGCAUGCCUCAAACCAGAAGCCGCCUGUCCGGCCUGCAGUGCCAGGGUCUACUAUAAAACCAAACCCACACGUCGACAAUGCUACACUCAAUCAGAUGGUCGAUGCUACGAAUGCCCCUUCGUCAGCAGGUAUCGCGGUAGCUGGUGCGGCAGCUGCCUGGAAAAGCCAGGAGAGUCUGCACAGCAGAAGGAGCGGGGAGUAUGGUGCGGAGCGCGGGCAGCAGAUGCAUCUGCAAAACCCCCAACGCCCUGUGACCCGCGAAGGUCGCUCGCAAAACAGGAUGCCUACAAUCCCUGCGUCACCAUACGUUGAACACGCUGAAUUUGUGCAGCCACCGCCGGGGUAUGAACCUGUAGGACCUCCAGUGCCAGAGCAUGGCGUGCCCUUACAGUCUCAGACGAGACAGGAACUCCCCCACCGCCCGCAUUCUGGUAGCAGCGGUGGCCCCAUCCACCGUAAACCAGUUCCAGGUCGGUCCCUCUCCUCCUCGCAGCACUCGACCACUAGCUCAAGUCUCGGUAGUUUACGACAGGAUGUAAUUGAUCCUGAAGCACUUGAUGCCCUGAAUCAGACAGAAACCUCACUAUUCAGGCAGCAGAGCAAAUCGAGCAGCCGCUACGAUGACGAUGCUGUGUCAACGUCGACUCCGGACUAUGCUAGUACGCAUAGCGAGGAGGUUGUAGUACGGAAACUGCCUGCGAGGAGAGAGGACCGACCUCGCAGUGGUGUCUUGAAGACAAUUGGCGACCCAGGUCUCGCGUCUCAGAUGGAUACAUCUUCGGGAGCAACGCACCCAACUUUGGACCCCAGGGUCCAGCCUUCGGCCGAUGUGCCUUCAAUCGACUUUGGCCCAACAUAUGCGCUUGGUUUCAACGACAAGCGCCCAGGUACAGGCGGAACAAUGACAGGAGGGCAGGUCACGAUAGGCCAUGAAUUCUCACGCUCGAAGGAGAACCUCGCGUCUUCACCCAAUGAAAUGCAUAAUCGCAACUCGUAUAUCUCGUCUGGACGAACCACGCCUAAUGCUGCACUACACAUACGCAGCACUUCAGCAUCUCCUAACGACUUCGACACACGGCAAGUUGCAUGGCAGCCUGCUAUGGCGUCUCCACGCAAAUCAAGCGCACACAAGCUCGACGCAGAGGAGUGGGUACUGCAUCGCGCCGCGCAACAAUCUCCUGCCCUGAUGAACUACACGAUGCAAACACCACCACCCAUGAACCGAACACGAUCUGGUGACUGGGCUCAUCUGCAGCGUACACCAGAAGGUCCACCUUCGCCUGCUGCGCGACCGAAUAGUAGACUCACGCUCAGCAGGCCACCUUCCCGAGGUGCGGAGCUUCUACUUGAUUCGAAGCCUACCACAUUGUCUGCUCGAGAGCAGGAGCAAGUGGCUCGUAUGACUGGAACACCCAUGCUGGACAUGUCGACCAACUCCAAUAAAAAAUCACAGGAGCAGCCUUCACACGGGCUGACAGGUUACAUCGAUUUCCGUGAGAAGGAGAAAGCCGCCGCAAAGCAGCAGAAUCGUCACUCUGCUGCUAUGCAAGCUGAGAUCGAUAAGCGGAUGAUGCAACAAAACCAGCGCCAGAUGCAGGAACAGCAACGGCAAAUGGAAGCCCGCCAGAUGCAGGAACAGCAACGACAGAUGGAAGCCCGCCAGCGCCAAAUGAUGGAGAUGCAGAACAUGAAUCAGCAGAUGGCCAUGGCACAACAAAGCAUGUAUGCACAGAGCAACUACGCACCAAGCAUGAUGGGCACACCCCAGGGUCUCGGUACUCCGACCGGCAUGCCCGGCAUGGCCUUCUCCACACCUGGCCAGGCUCAAAUGUACGCUCAGCAAGGGUACUUUAAUCAGCAGCCAAUGACACCUCAAAUGCAAGUGCCAGGCGGCUGGAUUCAAACACCCGCUCAAUCUAUGCAAGGCCAGUACUUCCCACCACAGCAGCAGCAAAACCAGAACCAGUACCCACCUACGAGGCCAUAUGGUCAGCAGCAGCACAGACAUUGA